AUGGAAGUCAUGAGAUUGUUCUCAUCAAAUAAGACUUCUGCUUGCCAGCUCAUUUUUUACAAAUAUGGAGAUCCCACAAAGGUUGUAGAGAAGGAAACACUCAUCUUGCCUGCAAAACCACAACCUCAUGAAGUAAUCGUGGAGAUGUUGGCAUCUCCUGUCAAUCCUGGAGAUAUCAAUACCAUUCAAGGCGUGUAUGGCGUAAAACCAUCACUUCCAAGCACACCAGGAAAUGAAGGAGUUGGGAAGGUUUCCCAAGUUGGCUCUGCUGUUAUGAACUUGAAAGUAGGAGAUUGGGUCUUACCCAAGAAUAAUGGAUGGGGGACAUGGAGAAGUCAUGUUGUCAGCAGCUCAGAUGAUUUAAUAAGAAUUGCGAAUGACAUACCUGUUGCUAGUGCUGCAACAAUGGCUGCAAACCCUUGCACAGCUUAUAGACUCUUACACGACUUUGUGAAUGUUAAACCAGGAGACUCCAUCAUACAGAAUGGAGCCAAUAGCAGUGUUGGGCAAGCUGUCAUUCAAGUAGCACGUUACUUUGGGUUGAAAACCAUCAAUAUUGUGAGAGAUCGACCUGACAUAAAAUCUUUGAAGGAUCAACUGUAUGAAUUAGGUGCUGAUCAUGUGGUUACAGAGGAGGAACUUAAAAGUUUUGAUGUAGAAAAGAAUGGGUUGAAGCUGCCAUUAUUGGGCUUCGAUUGUGUUGCUGGAAAGAGUGGCGCUAAUAUGCUGCGUAAAAUGGAUCACAAUCCAACUCUAAUCACAUAUGGAGGUAUGAGCAAACAACCUCUUGUUGUCCCCGUGUCGGCUCUUAUAUUUCAGAAUGCUAAUUUUCAUGGCUUUUGGAUGUCUAGAUGGAAUCGAGCUAAUGAUGAUAGCAAAGAGAGACGGGACACGAUGGAAUGUCUCGUGGACAUGGUGCGUAAAGGUAGCCUGGUUCCACCAGUCCAUGAAAUAGUUCACAUUGAUAUGUACAAAGAUGCCAUAAAAAAGACGAUGUCAUCUGGGAACACUACUUGUCCGAAGCAAAUCCUUGUGUUCAAUAACAGUAUUAAAUAA